CUCAAACUAAAUACAAAAAUAUUUAGCUUUCAUUUUAUUGAAAAAAUGUUGUUAACACCUUUAAACAACAUAAAAGGUCAGACUUUUCUGUAAUUAAUACAAAGACCUAUGUAAACAAAUACUGAUUAGCACCCUUCCAUUAAGAGUUUAUGAUUUUUUAGGCAUAUUUUGGUAUUCCUCUUUUUUUUUUGAAACAACACACCACCCUGUAUCAGUAAUAUUGUUUUAAACUUUUUUUUUUUUUUUUGUAUGCCGGCGCUUAUCGUUUUUCGUGGCACACACACUUGUGCAUGCCAGUGUUUGCGCCUUUAUUUGUUCAUAUAAUUCAUAUUUAAUCAACUGAUAAUAUAAGAAAACUGUUCAACCUGCUUUUGUGCUGACUGCCCGGCUCGGUGGCUCUGCUCCAAUUUCUGUGCUCCUGAUACACUUGCUGACAUUAUCACCUGCCCUGGCACCGCGAAUGAUAUGGCUGCGAGUAUUCGUUUGUUUGAUAACAGCCAGCCAUUUGAUAUUUUCGAAGGCAGCGGCGUAAAAAACAAAAUAAACUUCAGCUAUCGCUCCGAGGUAUUGACAGAUAAAAUAUAGAAAUAUAUGAGGGCGAAUAAGAGCUAGAUUGGAGUGGGCCUAUUUUUCAAUAACAAUUUUCAAAUUUAUUUUACAAAUGAUGCCAAUUUAUGUGUUUGAAAAGUUUUCUUGCUCACACCAGUAUUUGAAAAUAACAUUUCGAAUGGAUCGUAGUUAGCAUUGAGAAAUAUUUAUAAAUACUAGUUCAGUCAGAUACAAAAUUCGAAUUACAAUUAUUAUAACUUUGGCUAAAACAGAUAUAAAAAUUUAUUAUGGAUGGGGAGUUAAAAGCUUUCGGCUUUACGGUCAACAUUGUGUUGACAGUCCUUGCGUCCGUUUUGGUAUAUUUGUACGCCUAUUGGCAUCAUUGGGUAAAUAAGGAAGAAAAUGAACUGACUGUCUCGAAAUUGCUGACCACCAAACUACCCGAUUUGCCGCCAAUUAAAUUGAACCUGGAUCAAUUGUUGGGAUUCGAUGGGACACGAAGUGAUGGCAGAAUACUGGUGGCGCUCAGGGGAAAGAUCUACGAUGUAUCCAGUGAUUUCGAGGAAUUCGGUUUAACCGGAACCCUAUCUCAUGUAGCUGGCAGGGAUUUUACGAACUAUCUCAAUUCGAUUAUGGACAUGCACAACUCGGAGAUCAACUAUGUGGAUCGUUGGGAAUCCAUACUGGAAACAAAUUAUUCAUGUGUGGGUGAAGUCAUCGAUGAGCAGGGCAAUCCUCUUAUGGGAAAAUUGGAAAAUCAUAAUGCUGAUGUAGUUGAGGAAACUGAGGAAGACAUGAUGGAACCCAUCAACACUAACGAAAAGUCAAUGAAGACACUUAAUGAGGUUUUAAAUGCCGAAACAUUGCCAUCGGAUAACAAAUCGGAGAAAUGUUCAGAAGAACCCAAUUCCGAAAUCCGUAUCCAUGCAGAAAUUUCCGAUUGUUAGAAAUGAAAAUUUAAAUUUUGCUAUAACAAAAUUAAAUGGAUUAAAAUUAAACAGGGACAAUCAAAAUGUAAUCAUGAUAAUCAAGCUAUCGUAGUUUUAAUAAACAUAUAAUUUGCAGUUUUAUAACAGAUUAAA